AUGCGACUGCGCGGCGUCUCGGCGUCCGACAGCUUUGUGCUGUACGCCAGCCUCUUCACCGGUCUUUUCUUCGCCCCCAAGACUGCGCAGGACGACGCGACGGCGCUGGAGCUCUCGCGGCACGUGGCCACCAUCUACACGACGCUUUGCAAGAUGGCGGUCAACACACCUGCCGCCUUGGUGGCACUUGACCUGCUGAUCAACUACGUCCAUGCCAGCGACACCUCGAAGCGUGCGAUCGUUGCCCAAGGUGUGUUCUACGCGCAGCUCUGGGAGGCGGACGUGGCACGCAAUGACGCCUCGCCACAGGUGUUUUCGCUGCUCAAAUCGCUCGUACUCCACUCGGAUGGCGUCCUCGCAGCCAUCGAGCGCGGCUUCAUUGCGAAGGCAGUUGCGUCACUGGACGAGACGCUGCGGCAGAUCGCCAAGGGCAGCAAGAACUUCUCAAUUGCUGCUGUCGGACCGCUCGUCGAAGUGUUGGUCAACGUCGCCAGCUUUGUCGUCACCGCGCUCGCGCUCGUCGCUAGCACUUUUGCGGCCGCUGCUGCUGUCGACACGCCAGCGAUCGCCAAACUGAGCGCCGAAGCAGGCCAGACAACCCAAAACCUCCGCGAGGGUGGCCAGAAGGAGUGCUUUGGGUCGAUCUGCGGUGGCGGUGGCAUUGGUUGGGGUCUUGGUGGCUUUGGUUGGGGACUUGGUGGCGGCUGCGGUCUCUUUUCGCCGUUCGGUUGCGGCGGCUGGUUCUAG